CCUCCUCAGCUCCUCAGCUCCUCAGCUGCUCACCGAUGACUUCAGGCGGAUCAAACCAGAGGGACAAACAGCCAGCAGUGUGUGAUGGGAGCUGAAUAAAACACACGUGUGUGUGUGUGUGUAAAGAGUAAAGAACCGCAGACAGGGUCUCAACAGGAAUCUCUGUUCUUCCCUCCCCACAUCCACACACAAGUCAAAAGAGUGCGUCUCCUCUGCCACGUCUUCACUGAGAUCCUCCUGCUGACCACUGCACGGACCCGUCCCUCGCAGCUACAGCGGAAGCCUCCACAUCAGCAACUGCUCCUCGUGCACUGAGCCAGGAUGAACGACAUUCAGGAGGCCACGUCGCCUGCAACCAGCCUCAGUGGUCCGGCUGCCUGCGUCUCCAAAGUAGAGCUGCGUGUGUCCUGCAAAGCUCUGCUGGACCGAGACACGCUGAAUAAAUCCGACCCCUGUGUCAUGCUCAUGGUGCAGACCAAUGGACAAUGGACAGAGUUGGACCGAACAGAAGUGAUCAAGAGCAACUUGCACCCGGUCUUUGCCAAGGUUUUCACGUUGGAUUACUACUUUGAAGAGGUUCAGAAGCUGCGCUUCGAGGUCUACGACAUCCACGGCACUCACAGCAUCGGGACGCGCGACGAUGACUUCCUGGGAGGUGUGGAGUGCACUCUUGGCCAGAUCGUGGCCCAAAAGAAGAUGGUGAAGCCUUUGUUGUUGAAAUAUGGGAAAUAUGCUGGCAAAUCCACCAUCACAGUGCACGCUGAGGAAAUCUCUGGCAACAACGGAUAUGUGGAGCUCUGCUUCUGUGCCAAGAAGCUCGACGAUAAGGACAUCUUCAGUAAAUCAGACCCGUUUUUGGAAAUCUACCGAAUCAACGACGAUGAGACUGAACAGCUCGUGCACAGAACCGAGGUGAUUAAAAACAACCUGAACCCUGUGUGGGAGCCUUUCAAAGUGUCGCUCAUAUCCCUCUGCAGCUGUGAUGAAGAGCGGAAGCUCAAGUGCCUCGUGUGGGACUACGACUCGAGGGGGAAGCACGACUUCAUUGGCGAGUUCUACACCACUUUCAGGGAAAUGCAGAAAAUUUCCAGUGGAAAUAAGGUGACGUGGGACUGUGUGAAUCCCAAGUACAAGCAGAAGAAGAGGAACUAUAAAAACUCAGGGGUCGUCAUCCUCAGCGACCUCAAGCUGCACAGAGUCUAUUCCUUCUUGGAUUACAUCAUGGGAGGAUGCCAAAUUCACUUUACAGUUGCCAUUGACUUCACAGCAUCCAAUGGAGACCCGAGGAACAGCUGCUCACUACACUACAUCAACCCGUACCAGCCCAACGAGUACCUGAAGGCUCUGAUAGCAGUCGGCGAGAUCUGUCAGGACUACGACAGUGACAAAAGAUUUUCAGCUUUGGGUUUUGGUGCCAGAAUUCCCCCAAAUUAUGAGGUGUCUCAUGACUUUGCCAUUAAUUUCAAUCCGGAUGACGAUGAAUGUGAAGAGAUCCAAGGGGUGGUGGAGGCUUACCAGAGCUGCCUGCCUAAGAUCCAGCUGUACGGCCCGACCAAUGUCUCUCCCAUCAUUAACAGGAUAGGCAAGCUGGCAGCAGGCGACGGCAACAUUAAAGACGCUUCUCGAUACCACAUCCUCCUCAUCCUCACGGACGGCGUAGUGACAGACAUGGCAGACACACGUGAAGCCAUUGUGCGAGGCUCGUACCAGCCUCUGUCCAUAAUCAUCGUCGGUGUGGGUAACGCAGACUUCACAGACAUGCAGAUUCUGGACGGGGACGACGGGGUCCUGCGCUCGCCGAAGGGCGAGCCGGUCCUGAGGGACAUCGUGCAGUUUGUGCCGUUCAGAGACUUCAAGACGGCUUCACCUGCGGCCCUGGCUAAAUGUGUUCUGGCAGAGGUUCCCAAACAGGUCGUGGAGUACUUCAGCCACAGGGCCAUCUCCCCCAUGUGUCCAAUAAGGGACUUACACACGCCCAUCCUCAGCCCCGUCGCCACCACGCCUACCGAAUAACAAGCCACCCAGGGACCGAGCUUUGGUCACAGCACCAAUCUGGCAAAGUGGGAGGUGGAGAGGGCGCAUGCCUCGCUACUCUGGACAAGAACUGAAGAGAAAUGUCUCUUUUUUAGAUGUGCUGUUACUCAUUUAUUUCACUUUUCACAAGGGCGGAGACUGGUGGUUGUAUUUCUUGGCUCAGAGUGAAUCCAGCCGUUUGCUUCGGCUGAGCAAAGUGACCGUCCACCUGUCUGAGCGGCACGAGUCCUUCCUGAGGACUGCGUGUGUUUUUAUUCUUCUUGUUUUUAUGCAUGCAAGGUAAACCUCUCAGUGCUGAUCCAUCAGUCAAACGCAGGUCUAUUAUCGCUGCCCAUGAAACUCUACACCUCACGUUUGUGUGAUAUGUUCAAUUAUUAUUAUUUUCAGAUCAUUUUAAGGAUGUACUGUACACAGUGUGCCACGGUCAAAACUGGAUUACCCAACUUUAACAUGUUGACAAUACUAAAUUCAGACGUGAAUCUCUGACCUGUAAGAAGUUAUGCCGUGUUUCCACCGGCACGGCACGGCACGGCACGGCAUUUAUUUAGCGACAGCACUGCUGAUCAAACAAACCCUGCCGCUGUAUAUCUUUUGAACUGAUUCUAGUGAUUUCAUUAAGUUACACUAAAGGUGACUGCUAAUCCGUGCCGUGCCGUGCCGUGCCGCGCCGUGCCGAGUGGAGGUGAGCUGGGACCAUAGGUGGAAAAGGGGCUAUAGACUCUCACCUGCCUCUCUGACUGCAAACUUAGAUUAAAGACAAUAUAACAGCAACAGUUCACCGUUCAAUUGGUCACCGUGCCGUUAAAACAUCUGCCAAGCUCCAUUUGCAAAGUCCGUUGUCGGCGAAACUGCAAUAACAUUUUUUCCUGCAGUAGAAGAAGAACGAUUGCAACAUGAUUUUUGUCUUUUGUCCAGUGGCUGUGACGUAAGCUGUGAAAAUCAAACCAAGUCAUCUCGCAGCUGCCUUUACUGUGGCGUAUUUCUGUCUAAUGCUUUCUAUACAGACUAUACAGCUCAAGGUUUCUGGUGUGGAAUGUUUAACGGCAGUUAUAUCAGAAUAGUUUUUAUCAGUUUAUAUCAGAAUGAUAAAAACAGUGUAAGUAACGACGAAGCUUUUUCAUAAAACUAGUAUUUAAUGUUUGCUAAUCAUCGCUCUUGUGCAUCUUAAUAUCAAAGUGUUCAGUGAAUCUAGUCGUUUUUUCUGCAAACCUGUUCAGCGUUGCGAUGUUCAUAAUAUCCAAGGAGCUAUAACCUUCACUUGCAUUUGCCUCGUCAGAAUGUUCCAAGAGUCGCCUGAAACAAAAACAGCUGUUAUGCUGUGACCUCAGUGUCUUUCAAGGAGCACAGAGAGGAACACGAGAAAAAGAAGCUCCUUCACACCUUUAGUUCAAACCAAAACAACUGUCUGUCCCAGCAAAGCAAACGUUGAACUCAAACAAACGGCAGAAGAGAAGCAGAAAUAGGCUGUGAUACCAACUUUGAUGAUAUUAUGUUUGCAAGAACUUGAACAGAUCAACAUGUACAAACCAGUCGAGCUAUAAUAACAUAUAGUAAACGAUAGAACAGCUGGACAGACUGAAAUGUUCUUAAAUUAAGAACCCACUUACACUUUAACAAGUAUAUUCUUUUAUUUGUGAUUUAGUAGAUUACAACGCUAUACUCUGUAUUUUCUUGGCGUGUUUGUGUUGAUGCCGUGAAUGAGUCUGAAUUGUGACUAAUUCUCUUGGCCAGAAAACCCGGCUGUUGCCGUUGAGAGCACAGGAAGAAUAGUUUGUCUUCACAGCGACUUGUUUUCACACAAACACAAACGCAACCGAUGUUAAUCUUUAACUUUGAUUUGCCCUCUGGAGCUCCCCAAGCCCUCCCCCCGAGUCAUGGAUGCACGUAAACGCAGCUCUGCACCGGGCUGCUCUCUGAACUCCUUUGAAGAUCGUAGUGAUUGAGGUUUCUUCUGCCACCGUGGAUCACAGAACAAGGCCUAUUGAUUCAGGAUGGGCCUGGAAUUAGAGUCAUGCUCACUUACCUGUGAGUUAUGGACGAGACAACACAGAUGCAAACGUGCGGAAAUAGUCUGCGAGGAUGGACAACAUUUGGUUUUAUUGGCUAUUUACUGAGCAAACACCUCUUUUCAUAUGGUGAGUUGUUUGUUUUUCAUUUUUCUCAUGAUAUUUCAUUUUCAUACAUU